AUGGGUAUGAUGAAGGAAAGAUUUGCUAAACUCCUAUUGGGAGAAGACAUGUCAGGAGGAGGAAAGGGUGUUUCUUCAGCUCUAGCCUUGUCGAAUGCCAUCACAAACCUUGCUGCUUCUGUUUUUGGAGAACAAUCGAAGUUAGAGCCGAUGUCACCAGAGACGAAAGCGAGGUGGAAAAAAGAGGUUGAUUGGCUUUUAUCUGUUACAGAUUACAUAGUUGAAUUUGUUUCUUCUCAACAGAAAUCGAAGGACGGAACAUCUAUGGAGAUAAUGGUGACACAGCAAAGAAGAGACCUCCUUAUGAACAUUCCAGCAUUGAGAAAGCUUGAUGCAAUGUUAAUUGGUACACUCGAUAACUUCAUAGACCAACAUGAAUUUUGGUAUGUGUCAAAAGAUGCAGACGAGACUGAAAAAGGCGUGCAAAGAAAUGAAAAGUGGUGGCUACCUACGGUCAAGGUUCCUCCGAAUGGAUUAUCUGAAGAAUCGCGACAAUUUCUACAAAAACAAAAGGAAGCUGUAAAUCAAGUGUUGAAAGCAUCCAUGGCCAUAAAUGCUCAAAUACUAUCAGAUAUGGAGAUCCCUGAGAACUAUAUUGAAUCCCUACCCAAGAAUGGUAGAUCAAGCCUCGGUGAUUUAAUCUACAAAAGCAUUACCGUUGAGUUCUUUGAUCCUCAACAAUUUCUUUCAACUAUGGACUUGUCAUCAGAGCACAAAGUUCUUGACCUAAAGAACAGAAUCGAGGCAUCUAUUGUGAUAUGGAAAAGGAAAAUGAAUCACAAGGAUGGGAAAUCUGGGUGGGGUUCGGCUGUGAGUUUGGAGAAAAGGGAGUUAUUUGAAGAACGAGCAGAAACAAUCUUACUCCUGCUCAAACAUCGGUUCCCUGGAAUUCCUCAAUCUUCACUUGACAUAAGUAAAAUCCAAUAUAACAGGGAUAUAGGCCAUUCUAUCUUGGAGAGCUAUUCAAGAGUACUCGAAAGCUUGGCCAACACAGUGAUGUCUCGUAUUGAGGAUGUUCUUUAUGCAGAUUCUUUGGCUCAAGAUCCGUCACUCGCAGUAGUAACAUGGAAGCCUUCGAUAGACUCCACCACCCCAUCACCAACAUUGAGCAGUUUUCCAAGUCCGGGGGAAGAGACAGAGAAAUUGAGUUCAGCAGAAGCGACACCGACUUCAAUGACACUGUCCGAUUUCAUGGGUUGGAACUUAGAGCCUUCAGAAGACACGAAUAUUAGAAGGAAUUAUUCAACUGGUAAUUUAGAUUCUUUUGUAAAGGAUGACGAAGAAAAGAUCAUGACUAAACCUUCUAAUAUUAACAUCAAGAAGUUUUCGUAUAUUGAUAAAAUUGAUACGGGUGGCCUAAGAAGUCCAACCUCCCGCCAUUAAUGGGAAAACAUACAUAGAAGAGAAGGAAUCAGAACAGAGGCAAAGUGUUGUGUGAGACAAAUGUAAGAAAGAAAGUGUGAGAUAAAAGUAGUACAGUUCUCCCCCAAGAUGACCACUCAAGGAGUUAAUUGAGUUUGUACAUAUCUGACUUGCUGUCCGUGCCUAUGAACAGCGAUGCAUGAGCAUGCCUCACUUCCAUCCAGUUUGCUCAUGUAAAUGAUU